AUGAGGAUUAAGCUAAUUCAGACACAUUCUAAAGUCCUUGAAUCCGUUCAAAGUUUGCUUCUGGAAGCUAUGAGUCCAAUAAGGUUGAUCCUUCGGGGUCCUUCUAGGAUGCGUCAAGUUACAGCUGACCCACAACCUGAUUUUAGCUUUGGUGAUUUGGGAGUGGAACUUCAUUCCAUGGAGGAGAAGCUAAAGACAUCCUCAACGCCUUUCAAGAGAACGCGUUCACUUUCGAGUACUGCAAUCUCUCGAAUUGAGAAAUACUAUGAGGCAAGAGGAGAAGCUGACUGGAGAUUUGAUACUGCCAUAGAAGCUGAGAGGAUAGUAAUGAAAGAGGCAGCUAAAAGGGAAGCUGCUGAAAACUUAAAACAGGUUGAUGUUGUAAAAGUGCAGGAAACUAUUAGCCAACCUAAAGGAGCUGCUCAGGAUGGAAUAAAUGUGUCAAGAUCACCAGGUGAUUUUAAGCAUGAAUGUGACAAAAGCUUUUCUGUUUUUUUGGCUCAGUGCCUCGAAGUUUCUAACUUCCUUUUGAUAUUUCAGGUCGUUCUCCUUUCUCAAAUUGAAUAUACAGAUGUACCAUUUGCAUUCAGCCAAAUUAUUGUUCUUGUUACCUCACGGGUCCCAAGUGCUAUGGUUCUUUUUCGCAGAGCUUGCAUUUACACGGUUCCAAAGCACAUAGAAUAUUCAGCGGCUGCAUUUGAAUCCAAAGAGUCAUAUUACAAAACUAUUGGAUUUCGGGAGGACAACGGAAAAAUGGAGAGUGAAGAGAAUUAUUUGAUGCGGCUAGAAGCAUUCAUGAAACUAUAUGGGGCAUUGAUUCAGACAGAAGUUCCUGGUAUCCGUAACUUACAUGGUCUUGAGGAAGGUUGGGCAUGGCUGACAAGAUUUCUAAAUGCAGUUCCCGCCAAUAUAUAUACAGCAACCGCGCUCCGUGCAUUCUUACAAGUAGCAGGGUUUGCACUGUUUAGAAAAUAUAAAUCCCAAUUCAGAAAGCUUUUGAAUAUCAUCUCUGACAACUUCUUGAGUGCACUAAGAGGAAAAGAGAACAUAGAGUUGAAUGGGAUCAUUGUGAAAAUUGGAUUCUAUUUGGAAGACCAGAAAUUCCUUCAACAACCAGAAGGAAGAAUCUUGCAGUAA